ACGCAUCUGCGACCUCAUAAAUUAAUAUAUGAACAUACAUACAAAUGAAUAUAUGUCUAUGCAUCUAAACACGCACACACACACACACAUAUGCACAUGUAUGUCAUACUGGUAUACUGCCACAUCUAAGUGUAAUAAGUAUGUUUCUAAUUUGGCAUAACGUGCAGUCAGAUACAGAACGAUCACAAUUUGUACCUGUCACCACAAUAUCGGACUCGCAAGCUAUUCGUUGUGUAGAUUUUCAUCCCAAUGGAAGGCUUUAUGCAGUGGGCUCAAACUCCAAAACAUUUAGAAUUUGCCAAUAUCCACAGCUUUCCAAAUUAAGACCUGGACAACUUAACUGUCCUCCUUCCGUACUAUGCAAACGGACAAAGCAUCACAGAGGUUCAAUAUAUUGCACGUGUUGGUCUUCAGAUGGCGAGCUGAUAGCAACAGGGUCUAACGAUAAGACUAUUAAAUAUAUGAGAUUCAACAAUGAUACCAACCAAAUGGUCGGCCACGAAGUCGAGCUUAAUAUGCAUGAUGGAACAGUCAGAGAUAUGUGCUUCCUUGACAACCAAUCUACUAAAUCAAGACUUUUGGUUAGCGGUGGCGCUGGCGACUGCAAGAUCUAUGUAACAGACUGUGUCACAGGAAUGCCGUUUCAGAUGUUUAGCGGCCACACCGGACACAUAUCGUCACUAUAUAGUUGGAACCAUUCAAUGUUUGUAUCUGGAUCGCAGGAUCAAACAAUUCGUUUUUGGGACAUUCGAGUUAAUGUGGCAGUCAACUCUUUUGAUCAAGAAUUUAAAGGCGGGGCUCUCCAAAACUCUCCUGUAACUGCAGUUUCUGUGGAUCCUACUGGUCGCCUUCUCGUAUCUGGUCACUCUGACAGCGCUUGCGUGCUUUUCGACAUCCGAGGCAAUAGACUUAUUCAACGAUUUUACCCACACAAUGCCGAAAUAAGAUGUGUGCGUUUCUCUCCUUCUGCUUACUACAUGCUGACAUGUAGUUACGAUAACACAAUAAAACUGACCGAUUUGCAGGGUGAUCUAGCCAAUGAGCUCUCAUCUGUACUUGUAGCUAAGCAUAAGGAUAAGGCUAUUACUAUAAGAUGGCAUCCGACUGAGUUUUCAUUUAUUUCUACAUCGGCGGAUAAAACAGCUACCUUAUGGGCAUUACCUCCGCCUUAAACUACAUACAUAUGUAUAUUAAUUCUAAUUUUGCAUGUGUAAUACGGACGAUGGCUUAUUUAAAAAUGUAUAUCACCUUAGCUUAUAAUACAAAAAACUGACAGUUAUUAAUAUUUAUUCUAAUUUUUAAUUUGGUGUUGGAAAAACGGCAUACAAUCAUAACUUGUAAAAACCAUAUUUAUUGUAUUAUGGAUUUCUACCAAAUACUUUAGACUCAUAAAAUUUCAUA